GUGUGCUGAAGAUCUCCUGCAGUUCUCUGCUAAUAUCCCAGCCUUGUACAAUAGUAAACAGCUUGAAGAAUUCUUUAAGAAAGCGAUCAACCAGGUUUAUCCAGCGAUAGUGACUUGCUGUCAUUGACAGUGGAUGGGGAUUCACUUGCUGAAUGUGAUGAUGGAAUGGCAUCAAAUAGAAGCUCCCCAAGCAGAUAUACAAAACAUAGUUCCUCCCCUGAACCUACAAGAUCAGCUACAGUUCCUUCUCAGGAGAGGAGUCAAGAUGGGGCUGAAGGAGGCAGAGGCUUGUGGUCACAACCAAUUGGAAGUCUCAAACGAAGAACAGGGAAAGGCGAUUACUUGGCAAAGGCAGGCGAACAGAUAAAGCUGGCAUUGCAGAAAGAAGCAGAACAAGAUUACGAAGGUGCCUUCAAUUUCUACAGGAAUGGAGUUGAUCUACUACUUCAGGGAGUUCAAGGCGAACCGAGCCCUAGUCGCCGAGAAGCCGUGAAAAGGAAGACUGCAGAGUAUUUAAUACGUGCAGAACAGAUUUCCACGCAGUAUCUCAAGACGUCCAUGGAAAAUGAUUCAGUUGAUUCAAUGCCUCCGGGACCACUAAGUUCAAGGCCUGCUUGGAACCUGAGGAGUCCUGCAGAGGAGCUGAAGGCCUUCAGAGUCCUUGGGGUGAUUGACAAGGUUUUACUGGUGUUGGAUUCCAGAACGCAGGAGACAUUCAUUUUAAAAAUUCUGAGGAAAAGCAGCGAGUGCAGCAGGAACAGAAAGACCAUCAUUCCCCACUGUGUGCCCAACAUGGUGCAAUUGAAGAAACAGAUCAUCUCUGAAGACUCCAUUUUUCUUUUGCUUCAGUAUGCAGAAGGGGGUAAGCUGUGGUCGUUUCUAAGUAAAUUCCUCCAGAAAAAAUCCGAGGAAAGUUUUGAAUCUCAUAACAUGGACAAACAUGGCCCCAAAUCAGUCACUGUACAUAGUGGUUUUACUGGAGACCAGUCAAGCACUGAAGGCAUGAGCAGCAGUGUGGGCUCAUUGGAGAGUGACUUUGGAAAUAUGCUGCAGAGCCUCCCUUGGAAGAGUAACGUGACUUCAAGUUCACAGGAUGAUAGCAGUGCCCUUGAUGAAGAUGCAAAAGACGAUUCUCCUGAUCUUUUGGGAUCACCAUCAUCAGACUCUGAAGUAGUUGAAGAAUGUACCAGUAGCUAUCUUACUUUAUGCCAUGAAUAUGAACAGGAGAAAGAAGAGCCUGACAGUCUAACUUCUGAAACCUUUUCAACAGUUAGUGAAAAUGUACCUGGAAGUUCCAUGAACAUAGAUAUGACCCCAAGGUCACAUUCCCUUCUUAGUAAUGAUAGCCUUUGUUCUCCUACUACAAGCCAAGAGCUUCGGUUCUUCACUGAGGGCGUCGACACUGAGGAUUUUAGCCCAACGAAAACCUCUGAGUCUCUAAAUCUGUCCAAAAAUAGCCCAAUGGAAUUUUUCAGAAUCGAUAGCAAGGAUAGUGCAAAUGAACUUCUAAGCCUUGACCUAGCAGAAAAUUUCCAAAAUAUAAAAACAGAAUCUGUGCCGAUUUUCCAUCUGGUGCCUGAAGUUGUUGACAACAAGAGCAGUUUUGAUACAAGUGAAUCUCACCUGGAGUCAGUUAGCCUUUUGGCCCCAGAUACUUGCAGCCGAGGAUCCUCAAGUGAUUCUGUACCAAUUAUCUCCUUUCAAGAUGCAGCAGGUGGAGAGACCAGCAGCUGUGAGGAGGGAAGGCCUGAUCUAUUAGUGAACUUACCAGGUUCUAUCGAGGACGGUGAGGAAGUUGUGUUUCUUUCAACCGAUAAAUGCAGUGUGACCAACAUUGAUAAUACAGAGAACAGACUCUAUGAAAAACCUGACGUUUUACAAAUUAAUUACAAUAUCGAUAAUUGUGUGAAUUCACAAGGAACACCGGGACAAAUUUUACCAAAGGAAGCUGGCUGUCAUGAUGCAAAUGUAGAUAAUACCUCAACGCAGCAAUUACAACCUCCUCAGAAUAGAAAGGAAGAAGUCCCAUGCAAGCAAAUCAAUGCCAGCCUGCAUGUUGAGGAAAAAGAACUUAGUUCCUUGUUUGCCAUUACCCAUGCUGAAAAUGUGCCAUCGUGUAUGACUGUUGCAUCUGGUGAUACCUCCGACUUGGCAAACAUUCGUCGGAAUAUGAGCCGUAUUCCUCAACUACAUGGCUGUGUCAGCCCUUGCGUUACAGAUUCGGGUGAGGAGAGUUCAAUUUAUUCUGGUGACAAGGAGGUUUUCCUAACUAUGCAAGAAAAACAUUCAAGUGAAAAAGAUAUUUUACAAGAAGAGCAAAUAUACAGAGGCAGAGACCAAGACAGUGCUCCACAUUCUGAAGAUACAAGUGGAAAGGCAGUGAGGGAAAGCUGCACUGCCACAAAAACAGAUGGAGAUAAGCUAGUAUCUCAUUUGUUUAAAGAGCUGGAAGAAAGUUUUGUGCAAGCUUCCAAUGCUCAUAUUCCAGAAAGCUCCAUUCAACAUUGGGCAGCAGAGAUAGCAGUAGCCCUUGAUGCACUUCAUCGAGAAGGAAUCAUAUGUCAUGAUUUGAACCCAAACAACAUCUUGCUGAAUGACAAAGGACACAUUCAACUGACGUAUUUUAGCAGAUGGAGUGAGGUUGACGAUUCCUGUGACAGUAGUGCCAUAGAGAAAAUGUACUGCGCCCCAGAGAUUGGUGGGAUCGCAGAAGAAACUGAAGCUUGUGACUGGUGGAGUCUUGGUGCAAUUUUAUUUGAACUCUUCACUGGAAAACCUCUGUUUCAGUGCCAUCCAGCUGGAAUAAAUACGCACACAGCUCUAAACAUGCCAGAUCACAUGUCGGAGGAAGCCAGAUCAGUAGUGCAGCAGCUUUUGCAGUACAAUCCCUGUGAGAGGCUUGGUGCUGGUGUAUCAGGUUUUGAAGAUAUCAAAUCACAUCCAUUCUUCUUUACAUUGGAUUGGUCCAGAGUAAAGAGGUAAAGAACUCAUGCGAAAGAAACGCCUCCAUUGCAGCACUAAUCAGGAUUGUACUUCAGGGUGCACGCUGAAAGCCAAAUCCCAGGGAAUGAGACUGCCUUUCCACAAUUCCGUUAGUGAACUGUACAAAUGCAAUCGAGCAACUUGAAUUUUGAUGCAUUAUUUUAUUGUGUUUAUGUCUGCAUUUAGGCACUUGAAGUACUGCAUUCUAGAUCAUGUUGCAAAAUCUGGAGUUACUCCAUUCUGUGAAUAAAUGUAUAUGAGAUAGGAAAGUCCAAUAGGACUAGACAAAACAUUGCAUUCUUUAUGUACAUAAUUCCUAUUUAUUAUAGAACAUAGUUUGUGGUGCAGUAACAUAUUGGAUUUAGCCUGUCACUAAUGAAGGUAAUUUCUGUUGACUAUUGUUACUAACUACUGUUCUUAUUACAUGAACCAAUUAAUUGCAGGCUAUGGAUUGGAACCAACUAAAUAAAAUGGUUUACAAAUUA